AUGCUACCAGGUGUCAUACUUUUCUCAUUGGUAAUAUCAAUCACCACAGCCCAAAAUCUAACAUCUCGAGCGUCUAGUCCCUGUGUAACAAGUGCUGAUUGUCUCCAAGGUGUAUGUAAUACGAACACAACUCCUGCUGUAUGCAUAUGUCACCGUGGUUGGACAUAUGGACGAGACGGAGCAACUCAAUGUAGUUAUCAACAAAAGUCUAAAUUAGCUGCCUUUCUUCUGUCGUUUUUCUUAGGCGGUUUAGGUGCUGAUUGGUUUUAUUUAAGCGUUGGUAAUGCUGGUUACAUUGUUGCAGGUGUCUUUAAAUUGUUAACUCUCGGCGGUAUUGGUAUUUGGUGGUUAGUUGAUUGGAUUCGUAUCUUGACCAAUUCAUUUCUCGAUGGCCAAGGCGUAGGAUUACUUGAAUGGAGUCCAUGA